CCCCGCAGAAGGAAGAGGUGAGGUUAAGCGUGCAUGUCGAGGCAAUCGUCUUGUGCCACCAACCACAUCUGCUGGGGUCAAAAAGUUAGCGCCAAAGCAGUUAGUGGCUUCUUGGCGACAUUCUUCCAUUGCUCGCGUGCCUUCCCCUUUCGUAAUUCUGUCUGUAGGUGUGCAGUGAAGUUCAAGUGCAGCGACACAGCAUGUCCAAAGCAGCCACCUCCCCCACAGCUCGCCUGCUCCAACACUCCCGCCUCUUCUCCCUACCUCGCCCACUACCCCCGGCCUCCCUAGAAAGCAUCUCCUCCACAGGCGUGUAUCGCGCCUCCGAGACCGCCACCCUCCCCUACCCAACCCACCAAGCCAUCACCACCCCGGCCUCCUCCCACCACCGCGGCGACUGGGGCCUCAAGCGUCCCCUCCCCCGCCGGGCCACCGCGAGCUCAACGCCACACAUCCGCGUCUCCGCGCAGGACAACUUCCAACACAUCACCGACUUCGGCAGUGCAGCCGACCACACGCAGACGCGGGCGAAAUGGGAAGAAAUGGGGGUGCCAAUCAUGAUGCCCCAGUUCGGCCGCGAGAAGAAACCACCACGGAGCGUAUACGACACCGAUGACAUUACGACCCCCAACCGCCAAGCCGGCAGCAACACCCACACCGGCAGAUGGAAGUACGCCGGUCCCUCUCUAGCGGGCAUGCAACCGGGCGAAUUCAACGCCUUCAUCUCCAACCUCCUCACCCGUCGCAACCCCUCCUCCGGCGCAAAAGACAUCACCGGCUCCUCCCACCUCCCCUCCUUCCGCGAACACCUGCGCACCCGCCUCCACACCCGCGCCAUCGCCGACGCCCGCCGCACCGCGCAAGAAGCAGGCGAAACCCUGCACCCCUCCGACCUAGCCUCCCUCCGCCCCACCGAUGCGGAAUUAGACGCCCACAUCAAACAGCUCCGCGACGAGCACGUAGAACAAAAACUCUACUCCCAGCUCUCCGCCUCAAUCUCCGAAUUUCUGGAUCUACCCUCCGUCCUCCCCUCCGAAGCGCAGGCGGAACUAGACGCCUACGCGCAGACAUCGGAACUCAAACGCGCCAUCUUCGCCAACCUGGACAACCCCUCCGACGACGGCAGCGGGGACGGCAACGCCACCCCUUCCACCCACCCGGCCGUAGGAUUAUCGUAUCUGCGCACGAACGCGGUCAUGGAAAACCACCCCCUCCACGGCCCGCAAGCCCAGCGCGCCCCCGUCCUCGCACGGGUCGUCCGUUUCCGCACGUCGUCCAUGGGAACGGAAUACAAAGCCAAACUUGGCGUCGGAGGGGUGGUGGCGGAGGAUCCGAUCAGCAAUACCUACAACCCCGACCGCAGCCCGGGACCGCGCGGGCCGGGGCAGGAGGGGAAAUACGACCCGCACGCGCUCGUGCACGCGAUGGAUCCGGCGGCGGAGACGGGGAGUAAAAUCUGGGUGCACCCGCGACAGGCGUGGAUUGAUGAGAGGGGCCGGAUACGGUUGGAGGUGGCCCGCGCGGAGGGGGAGGCGAUUGCGGUCAAGACGGGGGAGGUGCAGGCUAUACAUGAUGAGCGGGAGAGGAUACGGAAUGGGUAUCGGAGGGGUGGUGGUGCUGGGGCUGGGAUGGGAAUUGGAGGUGGGGGGAGGAUGGCGCCGCCGGGGACGGCGGGGAAUGCGAAUUUUGGCUUUGCGUUGCCGGAUUUGGGGGCGUUGAGGGCGCAGCAGCAACAGCAGCAGCAGAGGCGGGCGGGGUGGUCGGCUAAGAAUAAUGCUGUGGCGCGGCCUUUGCGCGUGCAGGGGUUUGACAGGGAGGGUGCUGCGAGGGGUCAGCAGCAGCAGCAGCAGCGGAGGGGUGGGGAUCCGGUGACCCAGUUGACGGAGUUAUUGAGGUCGGGGAGGGAUCAGAGGCAGUGAAUGUGCGAUGGGGGAAGAUCCAGAUGUGGAUUUGUAUAGAUUGUACAAUAUAUCCCGCCCGAGGUU